AUGUUAUCCAACGAAAAAUAUCAAAGGCCUGUACAGCCACCUCCAGUGUACGAGCCGAAGCGCUCAUCGCUCGGCUCGUCCGAGAACUCGGUCACGGCUGACGGACCAACGCCGUACCACUUCAGACAGGACCAGUACUACAACCUGAACUCCAAGUCUAGUGGCGCACCCAUUGGGAGCUAUGAGGAAGCCUUUCCCACGGCUAACAACAACAAGCCUAAGUGGAAUGACUGGCCCUUCACCAUUUUGUUCCUAAUCACGGUAGGCGGGUUCAUCGCCAUUGCAGGUAUCACUUUAAGAGCAUGGACCAAGGAAUACAGUAGCACAGGGUCCGGGAUCUACGAUGGUGUGGCAACUGGCACUCUGAAUACGAACGCAGUUAUCUUGCUGAUUUUCUCGUGCGUCAUUGCGAUGAUCUUUUCCCUUUUUUAUAUCAUCCUUUGCCGGAUGCACCCGAAGUACUUCAUAUACUGCGGUAUGAUCUCGAACAUCGUGACUUCUUUGGGUACCGCCAUCUUGUAUAUGGCUUUGAAGUACUGGUCUGCGGGGGUCGUGUUUCUGGUCUUCACCUUUUUGACCGCCUGGAGUUACUGGGGCAUGAGAUCCAGGAUUCCCCUCUCUGUGGCAGUUUUGAAGGUUGUCGGUGAUGCAGCCAAGAAAUGUCCUCAAAUGUAUAUUGUUUCGCUUAUCGGAUCCAUUGUUGCCAGUGCAUUUGGGCUUUUAUUCUCAGCGGUCGUCGUGUCCACGUAUAUGAAAUAUGAUCCAGCCGAUUCAAACGGUGGUUGUGACGUCUCUGGUGGCAGCUGUUCUCAUUCGAAACUGGUCGGUGUCUUGGUUGUGGUGUUUUACUGUGGGUAUUACAUCUCUGAAGUUAUAAGGACUGUCAUCCAUUGUGUCAUUUCCGGUAUCUUUGGUAGCUGGUACUAUAUGUCCAAGUCCGAUCAAGGCAUGCCAAGGAGGCCCGCAUUAGGAUCGUUCAAAAGAGCCAUGACUCGCUCGUUUGGUUCCAUUUGCUUCGGGUCUUUACUGGCCGCCUUAAUGGAUCUUUUGAGGGCAAUAUUAAAAAUGCUUAGAAAGAACGUCACCUCCAAAAGUAGUAGCAGGUUUGUUCUCCAGAUUGUGUUCUCGGUGCUGGACUGGAUUAUUGGGUGUGUAGAAUGGGUGGCCGAGUACUUUAACCGUUAUGCCUACUCAUUUGUCUCACUUUAUGGUAAGUCUUAUUUGAGAUCCGCUAAGGAAACUUGGCAUAUGGUAAGAGAAAAGGGUAUGGAUGCAUUGAUUAACGAUAAUUUGAUUGGUGCUGCACUGGCCUUAUUUUCCAUGUUCACCAGUUACACCACCUGUUUGUUUGCUUUCCUAUACAUGAGAUUUACGAAACCUGAAUACAACUCGAAUAAUGGUAUUAAGGGUGCCUUGAUGGCUUUCUCGUUUAUGAUAGCUCUUCAGGUUUCUAAUAUCACAACAGAGGCAAUCAGAUCUUGUACAUCAACUUUCUUUGUUGCACUCAGUAACGAUCCAGAGGUCUUCCAACAGUCCUAUCCUGAUAGAUUCGAUGAAAUAUUUAGAGCCUAUCCAGAUGUCCUUAAGAAAUUGAACCAUCAGGAUAUCUAA